AGGUAAACUUUACAUCGCUGGGCACGCGCACGCAGGGUGAUCGGGCUGGGGCUGGGGCCUGGUUGUCGGUAUAGUGGAGACGAGUAUGACCCGGGUAUAAGGACCGACCGGUCUCCGCCUCCAGCAUGGAGUUCGCCGAGCUCAUCAAGACCCCCCGGGUGGACAAGGUGCUGCUCCACAGACCCUUCCACCCGACAGUGGGCGGCACCCUGUGUCUGACGGGUCACCACCUGAUCCUGAGCUCCAGGCAGGACAACAGUGAGGAGCUAUGGCUGCUGCACUCCAACAUCGACUCCAUAGAGAAGAGGUUCAUCGGGUCCUCCGGGACCAUCACCAUAAAGUGUAAGGACCUGCGGGUCAUCCAGCUGGAGAUCACCGGGAUGGACGAAAGUCUGAACAUCGCCAGCUCCAUAGAGGCCUUAUCCACACUGGACUCCAUCACUCUCAUGUAUCCCUUCUUCUACCGGCCCAUGUUCGAGGUGACUGAGGACGGCUGGAGCUCUUUCCUUCCGGAGCAGGAAUUCGAGCUUCUCUCCUCGGAGACUGAUGAUUGGAGACUGAGUGAAGUGAACCGGGACUUCUCUGUCUGUCCGUCCUAUCCUCCUGCCGUCAUUGUGCCCAAGUCCAUCGAUGAUGAGUCUCUACGUAAGGUGGCUUCAUUUCGUCAAGGGGGGAGAUUCCCAUUACUGAGCUAUUAUCACAGGAAGAACGGUAUGGUGAUGAUGCGCAGCAGUCAGCCCCUCACCGGCACCAACGGCAGGCGUUGUAAGGAGGACGAGAAGCUCAUCAACGCCACCUUAAGGCCUGGAAAGCGUGGCUACAUCAUAGAUACCCGCACACUGAACGUGGCUCAACAGGCAAGAGCCAAGGGCGGCGGCUUUGAGCAGGAGGCGUAUUACCCCCAGUGGAGGAGGAUUCACAAGGCCAUUGAGAGGUUUAACAUCCUGCAGGAGAGUCUGAUCAAGCUGGUGGAGGCCUGUAAUGACCAGUCCCACAACAUGGACCGCUGGCUCAGCAAACUGGAGGCCUCCAACUGGUUGAGUCACAUCAAGGAGAUCCUGACCACCGCCUGCCUGGCAGCCCAGUGCAUUGACCGGGAGGGAGCGUCCGUCUUGGUGCACGGUUCGGAGGGCAUGGAUUCCACGCUACAAGUGACCUCUUUGGCGCAAAUCAUUCUGGAGCCAAAGUCCAGAACCAUCCGCGGGUUCGAGGCUCUGGUAGAGAAGGAAUGGCUGCAAGCUGGUCAUCCAUUUCAGCACCGCUGUGCCCAGUCCGCCUAUGCCAACAGCAAGCAGAGGUGGGAGGCCCCGACCUUCCUGCUCUUCCUGGACUGCGUGUGGCAGAUCCUGCGCCAGUUCCCCUGCUCCUUUGAGUUCAAUGAGAAGUUCCUGGUGACGCUGUUUGAGCACGCCUACGCCUCUCAGUUCGGCACAUUUUUGGGAAACAAUGAGUUUGAGAGGAGUAAACUGAAGCUUAAGCAGAAGACGCUGUCCCUUUGGUCUUGGGUGAACCAACCCAAUGAACUCCACAAAUUCACUAACCCCUUGUAUGAAGCCAAUGGACUGGUCAUCUGGCCCUCUGUGGCCCCACAGAGUCUGCUGCUGUGGGAAGGGGUGUUCCUUCGCUGGAAUAGAUCUUCUAAGUUCCUGGAGGACGCCUACGAGGAGAUGAUCCAUAUCAUCGAAUACAACAAGGAGCUCCAAGUCCGUGUGAACGCAUUACGGAGGCAGCUGGCCGAACUGGAGACGGAAGACGGGAUGCUGGAGACCCCUUAAUGUUUACAUCACCUGAUCACUCCUCCCCUCGCCCUAGGAUAGGGCUUCAUGUUUACACUAUGUCAUGCAUGCACUACAGUUAUCUCUGGUGCAGUCCAUAUAUAUAUAUAUGUAUAACUCCUUGUGACUAGGGACCAACGUGCAGCCUGGGAGUCGGACUUAACCCCUUGUGUGCUCCUUGCCUCAGCACUUUGUGCCUUGGUUGUGUUAGUCCUUCCCAUUGAUGACACGUUCUUCUUCAGGUCGUACAAAGGUUGGUUGUAUCCGGUUGGUGUUUUUUUUUUUGGGUGGUAUGGACCUGUCACUGCCACACUGGACACUCCUGCAUGUUCUAGGCUGUGUGGACCUCCAGGUGCUGGUCUAGGGUUUCCUCAAAGCUUCUUGGGCCCAACAUGGUGGCACCAUUUGUACUGUAAAGAGGUCUUCUGCCAAUGGCCAUCACCGCAUAGCAAACAGUUCUGCAACUUUCUCGUAUACUAUGUAUCUUACCUCGCCUUUGUGAGAUCUCUGCUUGCUGUCAGCGAAUGGGAGCAUUCUCAGAAGUCGAAACCUGUCUGAUUUAUACAGCGAUGAAACUGCAUACGAUAACCCAUUGAUCCCUGUGUUUAGCAAUGAAUCUACCACCAGGUGGCGCUAUGAAAUCACUCAAUCACUUUCGGUCUCCCUUUCCCUCGCUCUCUUGGCCUGAGAUUAUUAUUUUGCACUAAGUCUGAUUUCAUUUUGCUAGCUGGUUCUUGUAUUUUUUAUUUGUGUAAAAUGUGAAGUGUACAGAAAGCAGCGAGACGGUGACUGGUCAGUACGUGAUUCUCCUGUGUAUGGUGAGAUUAAUGAUGAUAUAGACCAGUGUUUCCCAACCGGGGUGCCUCCAGCUGUUGAAAAACUACAACUCCCCAGCAUGCCCGGACAGCCGAAGGCUGUCCGGGCAUGCUGGGAGUUGUAGUUUUGCAACAGCUGGAGGCACCCUGGUUGGGAAACACUGAUAUAGACAUAUGUGAUUUGACUAUAAUUAUAUUAAAUGACUAUAACAUUCCAGGUGA